ACGAAUUAACUCAAGGAGGUCUCAUCUUUCAAAAAUGCAGGCUGAGGAAUACAAUCGCAGAGGUAAGGAGCUGGUGGACUACAUCACACAGUACUUGGGCUCCAUCAGGGAGAGGAGGGUGAUUCCAGAUGUGAAGCCAGGUUACAUGAAGGAGCUUCUCCCUGACACUGCGCCUACAGAGCCGGAGGACUGGGAGAGCAUUUUCCACGACAUCGAAAAAGUCAUCAUGCCGGGAGUGGUUCACUGGCAGAGCCCCCACAUGCAUGCCUACUACCCCAGUCUGACUUCAUGGCCCUCUAUGCUUGGGGACAUGCUGGCCGAUGCCAUCAACUGUGUUGGAUUCACCUGGGCUUCUAGCCCAGCAUGUACAGAGUUGGAAAUGAAUGUGAUGGACUGGUUGUGUAAAGCACUCGGGCUCCCCUCCUUUUUCCUGCACUACCAUCCUGACAGCAGAGGUGGAGGCAUACUACAGAGCACAGUCAGUGAGAGUACACUGGUUGCUCUGUUGGCAGCCAGAAAAGACAAAAUUCUGCAGCUGCGGGCCGAGCUCGACCAGGAUGUGGAUGACUCAGUCCUAAAUUCAAGACUCGUGGCCUACGCUUCAGAUCAGGCUCAUUCCUCAGUUGAGAAGGCAGGUCUGAUCUCCCUGGUGAAGAUUAGGUUUCUGCCCACUGAUGAGCAGUUGUCUCUGAGAGGUGACACCUUAAAACAAGCCAUACAAGAGGACAGGAGGAGAGGACUGGUCCCUUUCAUGCUGUGUGCAACUUUGGGAACUACGGGAGUGUGUGCCUUUGACAAGCUAUCUGAACUGGGACCCGUGUGUGCAGAAGAGGGACUAUGGCUCCAUGUUGAUGCUGCGUACGCUGGCUCAGCCUACUUCUGUCCUGAGCUCCGCUGGUCACUGGAGGGCAUUGAAUUUGCCCACUCUUUUGUCUUCAAUCCUUCCAAGUGGAUGAUGGUCCAUUUUGACUGCACAGCUUUCUGGGUAAAAGAUAAAUAUAAGCUCCAACAGACCUUCAGUGUUGAUCCUGUUUACCUCAGACAUGAAAACUCACAGGCAGCCACUGACUUUAUGCACUGGCAAAUUCCCCUCAGCCGACGUUUCCGAUCUCUCAAACUCUGGUUUGUAAUGCGCUCCUUCGGACUGAAAAACCUCCAGGCUCAUAUCAGACACGGGAUUGAGAUGGCAAAGCUCUUAGAGUCUCACAUCAGGAGUGACCCAAAUUUUGAGGUUCCUGCUGAGAGGCACCUGGGCCUGGUGGUCUUCUGUCUGAAAGGAGGAAAUGCUUUGACCCAGGAGCUGUUGAGGAGACUGACCCGGUCAGGCACCAUGUACCUCAUCCCAGCGGAGAUUCACACCAAGCGCAUCAUCCGAUUCACAGUGACCUCACAGUUCACUACCGCAGACGACAUCCUCAAGGACUGGGACACCAUCUCCAAAAUGGCUUCCACUCUCCUGGCUGAGACGCAGGGUCAGAGUAAUGCAGACCAACCAGCGUCAGGGGAAGAUGAGGCGACAGGAGCAGAAGAAUACCAAGACCCAGACUCAGACACCAGGUCUAAUGAGAAAGAGGAUGCUGCAUCCAGGCUGGACAAAGCUCAAGUGGAGCUGUGGAUUGACAAGGCUUGGAAUCGAUCUAGGAGACCAAUGCGCUCCCUUAGCUGCAACAGUGAGCCCCUGCCUUACACUUACAUAGGGGCACUGUCUGGCUACGACUUUGACACAAGGCCUAGUGUUAAAGAUGCUGCGGGUGCCCUCCCCACACCAUCAACAACAGGAUCCGGUCCUACUUUUAAGAUUACAGAGAUGCCUUCAAAUCUUCUGGGUAAACAAGUCCUGAAAAAGCUGACAAAGUUCUACAGCGUGCCCAGUUUCUGCAACCAGUGGGUGCAGUGUGGUCGGCACCAGCUCUGCUGCCCCCUGAAGGUUUCACAGGCAGCUCAAAAACACUUGACCUCCACCUGCAGAAGAAUGAACUGUAUGUCAUCUUCUCCAAUAGCCAACACAGCUCCUUCUCCUACUCCACUAGAAACUGCCUCUGCACCUAAGCUCCUGUAAUGAUUCUACUGAUAAUCAAGCAAUUUACUGCUUUACUGGCUGUGUUGGUCCUGAGCCAACACAGCCACCUCUUGGCAAAUCACUCUCUAACUGUGUCAGUGAUAUGGGAUUACUUUGCUCAUUUCCUCAUCGUGUUUUUAAAAUCAUUUUAUGA